AUGAUCGCCGCCGACCUACCUGAAGUGGACCACUUUGUCCCAGUCUAUCCUACCAAAGAGAAAGUUGGAUACGUCAAUCUUCGGGAGAUCGAUCUGUCGAAAUACGAUGAAGGUCGAAAGGCGCAGGAAGAGUUGGCCGAGCAGAUCAGAGUUGCCAUGAACACCCAGGGGUUUUUUAUCUUGAUCAACCAUGGCAUCAACGAAGAGGAUAUUACUAGACAGGUCGACAUCGGUCACACUAUCUUCACGCGCACCUCAGAGGAAGAGAAACAACGAUUGAAGGCUCCCAUUACCGAGAAAGGAUCUUACUUCGGCUUCAAGCCGCGUGGCCAUUGGCGUACCAAGGGCAAUGUGCGCGACAAGAUUGAGAAUUUCAACGUCUACCGCGAUAUGAACGAACAUGAGCAGCCUCAAGCCCUAGAGCCAUACCGGCCUGAGAUCCAAUCCUUUAUCGACCAUAUCCACAAGGAUAUCCUCUUUAAAGUUCUUCGCCUAUUUGGCAUUGCUCUGAAGCUGGACGACGAAGAGUAUUUUGUGAAAGUCCACGACUAUAAUGGUCACGAUGAGAGCUGGCUCCGAUAUAUGGAAUACUACGACGACUACACAGAAGAGGAAAGGAAGACUACCGGGGGUCAAUGGCUUGAAGGCCACCGAGAUUUGACCUCUGUCUCUUUCGUCUUUAGCCAACCCAUGACGAGUCUUCAAGUCCGAGACGUCGACGACAAUGCAGAGUGGAAGUACGUGAAACAUAUUCCCGGGGCCAUCAUCUUCAACGCUGGAGAGAUUAUGCAAUGGUGGACGGGUGACUACUUCAAGGCUGCUAUCCAUCGUGUCCACGAGCCUCCCACGGACCAGCGGGGUCACAACCGCUCGAGCGUUUUCUACUUUGUCGUGCCCAACGACGAAGUAGUCAUCAACACGCUCCUCGAUCAGAGCCCAGUCCUCCGGGAAGCCGGUGUCCAGAUGGCUCAUAAACCGGAAGACGCCCCCACGUCAAAGCAAUGGUGCAAUGGUCGUAUCAAGAUCACUCGUCAAAAGGCCUCUGUCUGGGACCAUGCGAAGGAGGGAGAGAAUUUUGUCACCGAGCAGGUUGGAAACGUCACGACUAAAUGGUUCCGGUGA